ACGUGGUCCGACCGUGCUAGGUCGAAAUGGUUCGUCGACUGGUGCUGUGGGAAUGCAUAAACCCAGUGCAACAGCCGUGUGGUCCUGUGAUCUUCGUCGAAGCCAACAAGCGGCGUAGGGUGUUAGGGGCUGUCUUGCGGUGGGAGAAUGCGAAAGGCAGUCGUCGACGGUUCUACAUGAAAAAUGUGUACGGUUCCAAGGGGAACGUCGUCGCCGGUGCCAAGGGGGCGGUUCUCGACGUGUGUCUGUUCGAGGGGUUAGGAGCGGGUGCUGCGAACACCUCGUUCUACAACGACCUCCGACGGCAGGGCGGGUUUGUUUUGGGUCGAGAGUUCUUCGACUUGUUGGAUGCGAAGGAGAUCGCCCUCGACGUCCCUUGCGAAGUCGGCCCCGACCUGGAACUGUCAACGCCUUUGCAGCUGUGCGGCGGUUGUGAGCCGAGCGGGGCAGCGGGGGAGGGGGGGGAUCUGGGUUUCGGGGAGGCUACACAUGUGGAGCGGGAGGAUGCCAGAGGUCAGUUUGAUGACAGCGAAGAUGAGGCGACACCGCGUCCGCCGUUUUCGCCGUCGAGGGAAAGAGACAGGUCCGUGCUGUCCAUACCUGGCGUCCGGCAACAGACCGCAAAGGAUCCCGGAGAAGAGGGAGUCCUGUGUGGGUCUGACUUGGGGCCUGCCGAGGGCCAUGGCGCGGAAGGCGAGGCCGUGGGCGGGGAGGGAGCGCAGGGCACUCCCCAAAAAAGGAGGGGAGAAUGUCAAGAAGACUUGGUGGGCUCUUCGAAGAAACAGAAGACMAAGACCCCGAGGACUGCGKRAGAGAAACGGAAGGGGAGGGGGGUGGAAGAGGGCCACSCGGGUAGCAAACGUCCASCUUYGAAACAUAAACAGCCUGRGUYRGGACCUUCUACACCRWGGYCUGCYAUCGACGUGGACGCCRGGUACUUCCUGGAGUACAAAGACGRCGUCAGGACAAGGCGGGAGUUUGAGRUCARCCYGGCUCAGAUCGUCGACAWAAGGGAGUGGGAGGAUCUUUACAACCAGCGGUCGCUAGAUCCCGUCCUCGUGGAAACGAUAAGGGAAGCAAUGUGGUCUGCGUUCGAAAAUAAAGAACAGACGUACGAGUUGUCGGUCUUCAAGCUCGCACCACUGGGGCUUCAAAAACCAACUCCUGGGACCAAGGCACAACGUCUGAAGCCGGAGGAGUGGAUGGACGAGCUGGCCGGAAAAUACUACUACUACGCGGUGUGCGGGCAGCACAACGCGGCUGCAGCCACGUCGCUGCUCGGCAGCGACGUGGCCAAGAAGUACAAUUUCGAGCGAUGGCCGGCACAGAUGGUGUACUUUUCCGACGAUGACUUCGAAGGGUAUUUUCUUGUUAGUUCACAGGACAACAAGGACCUCAAGGCACCUCCCAGACAGUUGAAACUUUUUAUGAAAGACAUUCGAUGGCAGUGGAAGCAUGACAGCUGCCCAAGAGCUGUGAUGGGGAACCCUAGCGGGAAACAAGAUCAGGUCCGGGAUUGGCGUAAGUUUUGCACAACGGCGCUCCAUAAGGCGCCUCAAAACAGCUUGUGGCUUCUCGCCGAUCAAAAGGAAGAGGACGCCAUUAAGAAGCAAAAUGCUGCCCUGCGUUCUUACUUACCUCUGGCGAUGGCCGGGGAAAAUGUCUGGAAACUGGCCGUCGGCUCCCCGUCGUUGGCGAAGUUGGGAAAGCUCAGCGUGCAGGACAUGGUGCAGCUGGUGAAGUGCGACCGCGUGCUGGUCCGGUUAUGGAAUUACUACCAAUUCAAGCACGAGAAGAGGCCGGACGCGGACUGGAUCCAAAGGUACCCUUUCCUGAGAUCGAGGUCUGCCGUGUUCAAGAAGUUUGAAGGUCAGGGAUUGGAUGAUGAGUUGUGGGAUAACGACAGGAAACACGUUUCCGACUCGGCGCUGUUCAAGGACUGCCCGCCGUAUAUGGGUUGCGACCAGGACAACUCGAUUGAGGUGACGAAGAAGUUGGCGGGCCACAAGAAGUUGUCCCUCGACUGGAGAAACAAGGUUCUCUCCGUGUUGAAUGGAAGCAGACUCAAGAGCCGAGAAGUCGCACUUGCCGAAGGCGUCGUUCACAUUAAAUGGAAAGACACGGGGGACGUGACAUCCAUCGCGCCGUUCGCCAACGACCCUUUAGAGGGCAUCGUCUACGGGGAUAUGGAACGCAAUCCGACACAAUUCGUCGUUCUUCUUGAUUUUCUUGGCAAGAAGGGAGAAGGUGUCGUGUUUCUUGGGAAACCGCACGCGCGAAGCGUCUGGGAACUUCUGAAGUUCAAGUUGAGCGAGAGGAAGAGGAACAAGAUAUACGAUUUCUUGUUCCUUCAAACGCGUCCGAGGAGGGACACUGAUGCCGAGUACAUCUGCCGGAAGGACCACAUGUUGGCACUGCUCGACAACUACCACUUCGCCUCAUGCCUGAAUGCGAAGACGUUUAUCGAAAGGCUGCAAUUGCUGUACUUCGUGGAGUACGAGGAGCAGUUGAAGUUAGCCAGUUUUGCUUCCGUGAUCUCCACUGACGACGAGGAAGCCAUAGGUGUGGAGUUUGUCGCCAACGUGAAGGAGGAGGAGAGCGACACGGAGAGCAUCGAGCUGCAGUACGAGCCGCCUCCGGCGGACCACGGCCGAGGGUCCUCGUCGGUCGGUCCAUCACCAAGCGUUGCAGCCCUCGUGUCACCAUUGGCCAAACCGGCGCCUUGUACCACGCCGAUGAAGUUGCUGGAGAGAAUAAGAGCUCUGGCCGCCCCCCCGCCUGCUUUGCGUCCCGGGUCCGUCGUCCCGCCCGAUCAUCCGUCUUGGAAGGAUGACAACAUCCACUUCCUGCUUGAACCGCAACUCCGAAUGCGAAGCUGCUCGAGGUCGGGGGAUCCAAGCAAGGAUCGAGAAAUUCGCAGCAUUGCGGCGCGGGACAGAGACGUCGAAAAGGUGUUGCCUGAGCGGGAGCGACGGCCACAAGGAUUGCAGCAGGAGGCUGCAAAUGCAGGGUCUGGCGACACGGAGACCACGAAGUCCACUGAGAUCCGAACUUCUUCGGGCGGGGUUUGUCGGCCAGGGAUUGUCAUGCCGUUGAGAGGGGCAGCGUGCACGGGGACAGAAGGGCGGUCCUCGAGAUUCAGCACGGGUACCGCGGAAGGGGACGAGUUUUGUGGGAGGGAAGUAGGGGAGAAAAUGGAGGAACAGAAGGGAGCGCAAGAAGGGGAGGAAGAAGGGGAAGAAGAGGUGGAAGGGGAGGAAGCGAGAGAAACGGAGCUAAUUGGUUUGUUUGAAGGAAGGGAGGGUGCCGGGUCUGGAGAAGACGAAGUGGAACACAGUGAGGACGAUGCCGGAUCUGGAGAGUCGUCUGACGAGUUCGGACAACUGUACGGAAAGCAUCACGAGGAUGAUGUCGAUGACGAUGCCACGGCAAUAGAGAUGGAGACACAAGUGGUCAGCAGCCUUUCCACAGAGCCUGAAGAUUUUGCGGUCCGGCCACUGACGUCUGCUGUCGACUUGCAACACCGGUUCGACGAGGGUUCCGUCGCUAUCAGCCCGUCUGAAAAAAGUCGACGUAUAAGCAUCGAUGAAGUUAUCGACGGUAUCCUCGGCGACCACAACGUGUUUGCCCGUCCAUCCGCAACUGCCAACAUCGCAUCCUCCGUGGCAGCUGCCUCGCUCCGUCGCUGCCGAAGUCUCUGGUGCUGCCGGCCACCCUUGCCGCCGAAGGGGAAGGCGAGUUCGGUGGAGGACAACAUGUGACGUUCCCAAAAAAAUCGAGGUUCGGCGGUCAAGCUCUCGACGUGCUCGCUUUGCCUGCGCCAAAUUCACCA